GGAGCUGUUGUCAUCGGAAUGAUGCCUGGAGCGAGUCCAGUAACAGCCUGAUGUUGUCUGCUGCUGCUGCUGCUCGAAGAAGUUGUGCAACCAGUAAAACCACCUCGGAGUGAGAGUGGAGAAAUACGAAAACGUCACAUGAGAUCUCCCGGAACUCUGCAUUUCUCUGUUUUUCUUACUUCUGAAAGUUUAUUCAGUUUAUCCAGUUUGACGUCCUGCACCGACGACGAGUUGCCUUGAAGCCGGAAACCUCCCACCUUAUGUCGGUUGGUAGGACUAAUAAAGCGACAAUACAAAAGCCAAGUUGGUGCUGAGUGUCAUUAUGAGAUGUCGUCUCCAAGCGCCUCCUUCGUGCAAAUCAAGUUCGAUGACAUCCACUUCUAUGAGAACUGUGGCGGCGGCAGCUUCGGAAGCGUCUACAGAGCCAGGUGGAUCUCUCAGGACAAAGAGGUGGCAGUGAAAAAACUGCUCAAGAUUGAAAACGAGGCUGAAAUCCUCAGUGUCCUCAGCCACCGUAACAUCAUCCAGUUCUAUGGCGCCAUCGUUGAGGCUCCCAACUAUGGAAUUGUCACUGAAUAUGCGAGCGGUGGAUCGCUGUAUGAUUACCUGUCCAGCGACGAGAGUGAGAGAAUGGACAUGGGGCAAAUCAUGACAUGGGCUGCAGAGAUUGCCAGAGGAAUGCACUAUUUACAUUCAGAAGCCCCUGUGAAGGUGAUCCACAGAGACUUAAAGUCCAGAAAUGUUGUUUUGGCAUCAGACAAGGCUCUCAAGAUCUGUGAUUUUGGGGCGUCCAAGUUUCUGACCCACACAACACACAUGUCUUUGGUUGGCACGUUUCCCUGGAUGGCACCGGAGGUGAUCCAGAGCCUGCCUGUGUCUGAGACCUGUGACACUUUUUCCUUCGGUGUGGUGCUUUGGGAAAUGCUCACCCGGGAGAUCCCCUUCAAAGGCCUGGAGGGGUUACAGGUGGCCUGGCUGGUGGUGGAGAAAAGCGAGAGGUUAACUAUCCCGAGCGGCUGUCCUGCCAGCUUUGCAGAGCUCAUGAGGAGCUGCUGGGCAACAGAGCCAAAAGAAAGGCCAAUGUUCAAGCAGAUCCUCUCUACUUUGGAGUCCAUGUCUAACGACAGCCAACUUCCUCAACAGUGCAACUCUUUCCUUCACAACAAGGCUGAAUGGAGGAUCGAGAUCGAGGCCACGCUGGAUAGGCUGAAGAAGCUGGAGAGAGACCUGAGCACCAAAGAGCAGGAGCUGAAGGAGCGAGAGCGGCGUCUAAAGAUGUGGGAACGCAAACUCAUCGACCAGUCCAACAGCCCGUUGCUGCCCACUCUUGACAUCUAUACAUGGACAGAGGGGCAUGUGUAUUUCUGGAUGCAGCAAGUGUUUGGCGCAGGGGAAGGUAUAUGUGGCAUGCACCUCUACGCUGACUUGUUUAAGGAAAAUCACAUCACCGGAAAGAGAUUGUUACUGCUCACAGAAAACGACAUGCGGGAACUGGGGGUUAAGUCCAAAGGCCAUGUCAUGCACCUCAAGGCUGAAAUCGAAAAGCUUACCCAUGACUACCUUGGGUUUGUCCACUUCCCUCCACUGUUGAAGGAUGAGCUGGAAAAGGAGGUGGAGAGGGUGAAAACUGUAAAUCUGGAGCUGGUGUUUGGGUACCACUGGAAACCAGGAACUGGUAAAUCUGACUGCAAAUGGAAAAUGUACGUGGAGCUUGAUGGAGAUGAUGUUGCAGUAACCUACAUCAAAGAUGUCGUCUUCAAUGCCAACCGCCAGGAUGUGGAAAUCCUGCGGAUGACGAAGCCUCCUUUUGUGAUGGAUAAAUGGAUCGUUGGAAUGUCACAGAACCAGAGAGUAGACUACACAGUUAAUUAUGAGAAUGAUGUCAAGUCACCAAAGACAACCAGACACAGCUCUUCAAUAACGUGGAGUUUCGUAGGUGGACAAGAUGAAAUCAAGACUGUGGAGAUGGUCAUCGAAACAGCACCGACUGAUGACGACUAUGACACCAGAGCCAAGAAUUGUUGUGAUAUUGAUCCUACAUGGAUGCAAAGUAUAAGGCUGAAGCAGAUGUUAUCCCAGAAAUCCCAGCAGCCAACUGCUCCUCCGUCUUCCUCGGAGGCCCGCACUCUGCCACAGUUCCUGUCUGCACAUGAAAGCCAGAGCUGUUCCUAUGCUGGAGCUGUGCGUCGCUCGCCAAACCGUGUCAAUGCAUCACCCUGGAUCGACUCACGUAGCUCCUCACCUACCACCAGCCUGUCUGCCAAACUUUCUCCGCUUCAUCUUGGGUCAAAGGGCAGCAGCCCAUCCAGUACGACAUCAGAGAGCACCUUGGAAAGGGAACGAGAGCGCCCCCUUAGUGCAGGGCCAGCGUAUAACUCAAGCAGAAACCCCUACUUUGGCACCACGUUAACUGUGGGAGGUGGGCAGGGAAGGGGUCAAGCAUGGACCAAUAGUAGAGGUAGCUAUGCUCAUAACAAAACCAGCAAAACCUCAAGACAGCCAGGGAGGCAGCGGUCUAACAGUUACAGUGUCCCACCACUGAACCACCCCUCUAUGAUACCAGGUAUAUUGUCUGUGACAGGAAGCCCUAGUGAGGAAAAAGAGGGAGGCAAGGCCAGCGAUGGGGGAUGGAUCAAAGUGGAGCGGCAGAAAAGAUUACCACGCCAGGACAAUAAACAAGUCAGAGGUCGGCCAAGGAGAGGGGGCAGGGGGGGACGUGGUGCUGGAGCAAGAUCAUAAUGUGGGCCUUUUUAAAUAUUAAAUGCACUGAGAGUUUUACAGAUAAAUUAUGUCUAGUUGCAUGCUCAUAAAUGAACUGCUUAUUGUAAAAGAAUAACACUGAUGAAUAUAUUUAUGACCUUAUGUUUAUUUUCUUUAACUGGCUCCUGUCAGGUUUAUAAAAACUAUGUAUUUAUUACUAUUUUAAAUAAGGACAAAUUCAGUCAUUCCUCCCACACUUUCCCUAUUAAAUGUCUGAUGGCAAUGGCUGCACAAAAUGAUAAUUUUCUGUCUAUUUUUUACAUAAAUAAACAUUUUUUAUUCUGUGA